AUGUGUCUUGCUCUAUUAGGAAGGAAACCCAUAAAAGAAAAAGUUUCGUCCUUCCUCUGCGCUCGAUUAGUCUUUUUCGUCUUUGGUCUUUCGCAUCCGUCAGAUCUUGCUAUGUUCGUGAAUAGGCGGAACCCGAAGAAGAAGAUCAAAGCUAUUCAAAAAGCAAUAGACGGGUUUAACAAAGGGCUUGAGGGAGUACGACAACUUGAGACUUAUUACCUGGAUCAGGCUGCCAGAGACCUUGAGAAAGCAAGCUUAUACGGGGAAAAAGACAAAUCAUUUUAUCUGCAACUUAGGGAGUCUUCCCUACAAGAUGCUAAGUACUAUACCGACUUCCAGCUGCGUUAUCUAGAAGAAAUUGCGAGCCUCCAAACUCUCCAAAAUAGAGAGAUUGAAGCACUGCAGCAUGGAGCUUCCACCAAACAAAAGACGUGGCUGCAUUUUUGUCUCUUCUUUUAGUUUCAUGUUCUGUUUCUAUCGCUUUCUAUUUUCCCGCCCAAACAAUGAAUAAAUUAUGAACAAUUCGCCUUUAAUUUCCUUGAAUCCAUGCCAAGUUAUAUCUAUCGACUAUUUCUGCCAACUCUUUCUCUUUUGUAAAAAUUUUCAAACUCGGGCAAG